GAAAAUAGUUAAAUAUUGUAUGUGGAAACCUUCAAAAGUAGAACAAGCUAGUGCUUUCCUAGUUAAUAUCAACUUUCAGUGAUAUAUUUGAUGAUGUUAAACAAUCAACUGAGGUUUUAGCAAAAUCCACUGGUCAAAUUACUUCAAAGAAUCUAGGUGUUUGUGCUAGAAAACGUAAACAGAAAUCAAUUGAUAGGUCAAGUAGUUAUACUUGCAACGAAAGAUGGCCACGAUGAACUUCACCACACUGUGUAUUGUGUUAGAUUUAUGGUUAAAAUAUUUGUGUUAUGGCCUCAACAUUUACAGCAUCGACUCGGCUUCAAAGAGCAACGACACAGUCGUGAUAAUUAUAAAUCCAAAAUUUAUCUCAAGUGCAAACAAUGAAAUCUGGAACACCGUUAAUGGACAUGUUGAUAAAUUAAAAGAAGAUAUUUUUAAACAAGCCGGAGUUUCUGUUGAAAUUUAUAAAAAAACCGACAUAAAACUAUCUAGAAAUAUUGUUUCGAUUUUCAUAGCGUCAUUCUGUGAUGAUAUUUGGAAUUUAUAUUACAGAGCUGAGUACGAAGGAUUUAACGGAUUCUUAUAUAUUUCCAUAACAGAUACUGACUGUCCAAGACUACCAAUCAACGAGGCAAUUACUAUACCUUUAACCACUCCUAAUUCGGAACUAUCUCAAAUGGUAUUGGACUUACGAAUGACAAAUUCAUUCUCGUGGAAAUCAGCCAUUUUGAUGCAUGAUAAUUCUAUUGACAAUAGCGUUGUGCAAAAUGUGGUUACGUCUUUAACAAAACACUAUUCGACCAAAAUUGUAUCACCAUCAAUAGCAAUCUUUGAAAUCUAUACGCAAGGAUCUGAAUGGAAAAGGAGGAAAUUAUUUAUGGAAGCUUUGGAAUAUUUUUUAAAAGCGAGUGAAACGAAUUUAAACUUCAUUUGCAUCGUGAGCAUACAUUAUGUUCCUUUAAUUCUGGAUGUGGCUAAAUCAAUGAAUUUAAUGUCAACGGAAAAAAGUUGGCUUAUUAUUAUUCCGGAUCUAGAUUCGUCCAGGAGUAAUAUUUCUUCAUUUGCCAAUUUAUUGAAUGAAGGGGAAAAUGUAUCCUUUAUUUAUAAUACUACAAAAACAGCUGCCAAAUGUUCUGGUGGGCUUUUGUGUUUAGUGGAUGAACUGAUGUCAAUGUUUAUAAUGGCAUUCAGCGCUUUGAUUCAACAGGAAAUUGAAUUAUCACAGCGAGUAUCAGAAGAAGAGUGGGAUGAAAUUAGACCAUCGAAAAUUGAUAGAAGACAAUCAAUGGUAUCUUUUAUUAAGUUUCGUUUAAAUGAAUCUGAUGUUUGCGAAACGUGCACAUCGUGGCAAAUUGAUUCCGGUGUUACAUGGGGACAAGAGCAUUUCAGUCGUGGUUGUUAUAUACUUCCAGUGGGUAAUUGGAACUCCAAAACUGGUUUAAAACUGACUGAACCGCUUUUUCUGCAUUUGGCAUACGGAUUUAGAGGAAUAGCAUUACCUAUUGCUACGUUUCAUUUUCCACCGUGGCAAAUCAUCAACUUCAAUGGAAGUGGGCAUUUAGUUGGUUAUAGUGGUUUAGUUUUCGAUAUUAUCAAUCAAUUGGCAAAAACAUUAAACUUUACGUAUAAUGUAAACGUUGUAUCGAAUAUGGAGAAUAUGAAUAAUAUUUCAAGAAAUUUAUAUACGCAAAAUAAUGUACUGGGUGAAUACGAUGCAGCAGUUUCAAAACUAUUGUGGGAUAAAAUUAUUGACCUUGUUCGAUCCGAAAAAGUGUUUAUGGCAGCAGCUGCAUUCACUGUAAAAGAAGCAAAUAAAGUAUUUAUCAACUACACAACACAUAUAAGUUUAGAGUCUCAUCAAAUUUUAAUAGCUAGACCAAAAGAAUUAAGUCGAGCUUUGUUGUUUACAGCUCCAUUUACGUUAUUGACUUGGUUAUGUAUAGCUGUUGUAGUUGGUCUCAUGGGACCUUUACUGAAUUUGUUUCAUAUAUUGAGCCCAUACUAUGAAUAUCACAACAUUUCAAGAAAAGGAGGUCUAAACUCACCACUAAACUGUUUUUGGUAUGUUUACGGCGCACUAUUACAACAAGGCGGUGCUCAUCUACCCGAUGCCGAUAGCGGUAGAUUGGUAGUCGGUACCUGGUGGCUGUUCGUUUUGGUUAUUGUUACCACUUACAGCGGGAACUUAGUGGCAUAUUUGACGUUUCCUCAGAUGGAUGCAAUGAUAUCUAAUGUGGCUGACCUAAUGGCUCGUACACCACAGGGAUAUUCAUGGGGAAUACCGGAUUCUUCGAAUCUACAUACGCUGCUUACUACGUUGCCGGACGACACGAUGAUCAAAGAGUUAAUAAAAAAAGCAGAACAUCAUAAAGAGUUAUCGCUACCGGUCAUAGAAAGAGUGAGAUCUAGUAAAUACGCGUUCAUUCACCGCCGUACCAACUUGAUGUACGUUAUGAAAAACGAUUAUCUGCGAACCAAUAGAUGUGACUUUGCCAUUGGAAAUGAAGAUUUUGCAGAAGAAAAAUUAGCCAUGAUGUUAUCAAAAGAGAGUCCUUAUCUCGGUCGAAUAAAUAGAGAAAUAGAAAAAAUGCACAAAGUUGGUCUUAUAAAUAAAUGGUUGGUGGACAGUCUACCUAAAAAAGACCAAUGUUGGACUACCACACAAAUGGAAGUGACAAACCAUAAAGUGAAUUUAAAUGAUAUGCAAGGAUCAUUUAUUGUUUUACUACUAGGAGUAUUAUCAUCAUUGGUGUCGUUUUUAUUUGAAUAUCUUGUAAAUAAAUACAAGAACCAUCGCCAAAUAGUUAUAACACCAUUCAUAAACUAAAUAACAAUGACAUUCUUACAAAUAAUUAAACAUAUAAACAUACAUUUAUUUCUAUACAUAUAGAACAUUGAAGUACCAAGUACC